AUGACAGUCUACGACAACGGCAAGAUAUGGCUCGAUGAACAACAGCAAUUGAUCAGUGACUCGAACGCCGAACGACCUUAUUGCAUACAUGGUGCAAGCCCGAGGGGGGAUCGCGUUCCUAGAGGAUACUGCAACUGUGGAGAUGACGAGAAGACGUUGACCUACUCGGAAGCAACAUCAACGACUUCGCCAUACAAUGCAUGUCCAUACACAACUGACGACGGGCCUACGGUCACAUUCAGUUCCGCAUCGAUAUCGACAACAAAAUCAACACCCUCAGCGACGCCAGUUGUGACGUGCAGCGAGCCACGGGAGAGGUGGUUCAGCUCUACUGACGGAUAUGACUUUGCUAGUCAAUUCUGCGACCACGGACAAGGAGAAGUGCUGAGGCCAAGACCAGCAUCUGGCUUUGCAAGUGCGUAUGAAAGAUCGUUCAAUUUCGACAAAGAUCCGCUGGUUUCGAUCUUUGCCUACCUGGACAACUCGUGCAAAAGCCAGGGGAUUACGCAUUUGAAUGGAGAGGAGUGCGGCCUAGCACUCGAUAGUAUUAUGCAUCAAUGCGAUACAAGCACAGAAGAGAAGAAGAUGGGUGGGUCGAUGUUGAUCGGUUGCCAGUGGUUCAACAUCAUGGCUUUCAAGGGACCCGGGUGUAACAACCCAACUGAUAUGGGAACUUGCAUACCGGACUCUGUGAUGAGCUCUUCUCAGAGGGAGAGCGAGCCUCUACUGCAGGCCUCCCCUACCAAAGUCAUAACAUUCGAACCCAACGACCCAGACGACCCGCGGAACUGGUCGAAAGCGCGACAAUGGCUAAUGGUCGCUGCUAUUGUUCCGAUAGACCUCAGUGUCUCCUGGGGAGCAAGUGGUUUUAGCCCUGUUGCGAGCGACUUUGCGAAGGACAUGGGGGUCUCACCAAGUGUCGCGGUUUUGGGAUUAAGCAUGUAUGUGCUUGGAUUGGCUUUUGGGCCUAUGACCUUGGCUCCUCUUUCGGAAUACUUUGGAAGAAGACCCGUCUAUAUCGGGUCGUACGGCUUAUUUCUCUUGCUACUUUUGGGAACCACAUAUGUAGAAAGACUGGGGCCAUUCCUUGUUUUGCGCUUGUUCUCGGGUUACUUUUCAUCCACGACAAUCUCGAACUUUGGAGGCACCAUCGCGGAUCUCUUUCAUCACCAUGAUACCGGGCCAGCUAUGUCAUGGUUUCUUUGGGCGGCAACAGGCGGCAGCCCUACUGGUUUUGUGCUCUUCUCAUUUAUCGCGAAUGGUAAAUCAUGGCAUGCUGUAUUUCGGAUCAUGUUCUUCAUCUGCUUGACCUUCUGGGUUGUUAUGGUUGUUGCACUAUAUGGUUUAGGAGAGACCAGACACAGUAUGAUCCUCUUGAGGAGAGCGAGAACCUUGCGACAGCGGACAGGUGACGAAGAGCUGGAGGUGCCGGAUGAGAUGAAACAGCGAGGACCAAAACAGUUGUUCGGCACAGCACUCGCACGCCCAUUUCGAUUUCUAGGUUCCGAGGCUAUCGUGCAAUUUGGUGCGCUUUACAACGGCUUCCUCUACGGCCUGAGCUUCCUUUUCAACGGCGCAUUCCACAUGAUCUUUGGUCCAAAUGGAUACGGCUUUGAUACCAUCGGUGUGGGUAUCUCCUUCUUAGGAAUCGUUGUGGGUAUCACGUUUGGUUUAGUCACCAAUAUCUUCCAAGAACGAUACUACCAACGACAGGUCACCCAGGCUGGCCAUCGUGACGUUCCUGAGGCGCGAGUGCAUCACGCGAAACUGGCAGCUAUCGUGUUGCCGGUCUCUCUUUUGGCUUUCGCACUCACUGCAACGCCAGAAAUACAUCCUUUCUUUGCAGUGCUUGCCAGCGCGUUCUGGGGGUGGUCAUUCUAUACUCUGAUCCUUAUGACCCUUACUUACACCGAAGAUGCAUACAAAACGUACUCAGCAUCAGCACUUGCCGGAAUUGGGCUGAUCCGGAAUCUCGCUGGAGCUGGGUUCCCACUUGUCGGAAGACACUUGUUCUUGAGCGUAGGCACCAGAAAUGCAAGCCUAGUACUGAUGGCGAUCGCGAUCUGCUUAGCGCCUAUACCUUUCGUGCUUGAGCGAAGAGGCGUAUCACUACGCAAGAGAAGCCCAUGGGCGGCCGCGCAUGAAGACGAAGACGAGAAUAAUCAGGAGUGA